AUGAUGAUCAUCCACAACAUUUACUGGCUGACUUUGUUUGCUACCACUACUACUGCAUUGGCAGGUGCAGUAGCUGCUGCUGACCACUACAAGACUCGCCAAGUUGGUGCAGCGAAUACACCUGAAUACUCUAUUUACUAUGAGAAUGAAAAUGGCAUACCUAUCUCUCCUUUCCAUGAUCUGCCAUUUCGCCCUAACCCCAAUAAUGCAUCCAUAUACAACAUGGUUGUCGAGAUCCCUCGAUGGCAUAAUGCAAAGUUAGAGAUCAACCGUACCAUACCAUUUAAUCCAAUCCGCCAAGAUAAAGCACCUGAUGGUGGUGAUUUGCGUUACAUUCCAAACAUCUUUCCCUUCUUUGGUUAUGUAGGUAAUUAUGGUGCCAUUCCUCAGACAUGGGAAGACCCCAAUGUUCCCAAUCACGACAUUGGUACGAAAGGGGGUGACAAUGAUCCAAUUGAUGUCAUUGAAAUCGGUGAUCUAUUGGGUCAUCCUGGCCAAAUUAAGCAAGUCAAGAUUCUCGGUGCAUUGCUCAUGAUUGACAACAAUUACACGGAUUGGAAAAUCGUAGCCGUGGACAUCAAUGAUGAGAAAGCCCAUCAUUUAAAUGAUAUAGACGAUGUUGAAGAAAGUAUGUUGACAGCCAUCAAGCAUUGGUAUGCUGUUUACAAGGAGCCCGACGGUUCACCCGAGAAUAACUUUGGCUUUGAUGGUCGCUUCAUGAAUAAGACGUAUACGGAAGAGAUUGUGCAUGAAACGCAUGGUUAUUGGCAAAAGCUUGUGAAUGGAACAACAAGAGCUGAUGACAUCUCCACGGUAAAUUUAUCUGUCAAUGGGUCAUCACAUCAAGUCAAGAGCGAUUCUCCAGAGGUGAAGGAUGUUCCCAAGGCAAAUCCAAUCCCAGAUGCUAAACAGCCAGCCUCUUCGCUUGUUUGGUCACAUGUCUCGCUUAAUCUCUCAUUUUAA